GAUGAGGUUGCACCUACUGUGCCUCAUAUUUCUUUCAGCAGUCAUAUACAACAGUUACAGUACAGUACCAAAGGCCUCAUUUUAUUAUUAUAUGCCAGAUGUGGAGUUCGAACAUGCUUAUGGAAUGUACACUUCACCUUUGUCAAGGACAAUAAACGGGUCCGAUGUGCUGGUUACGGCCCCUGAGCACGCCCCUGACUUCAGGAUGGAGGAGACCCCAUUAGUCAGGCACUACCCCUAUUUCUACCUUGAAGAAGAACGGCCAUAUAGAAUAAGUCCUGCGCACAAACAACUAACGAGGUGGUAUAGCCGGGAUAACGCGUAUAACCUUGGGUGCGCGUGCACAACAGUAUUCCGACGAUUCCACCUGCUAGCAGGCUGUGCGGCGAUCUCAACCAGACAUAUUUUAACAACGGCUACCUCAACCGAGCUAAUAUUGAGAACAAGAAGACAUUUCGAACGGAUGACCGAAGUCCUUGGUAUAUGGUAUGAUAUUAACGAUAAUUCGUUUAACAGCAGUUAUUACGCAUAUCCGAAUAGGAUACAUUAUCAUCCAAGGUACGUUAAGCCGAAAGAAGUCAAUCGGUCACAUCCUAUACCAGCGAUGUAUGAUUUGUCUGUAUGGAGUACGACGUAUAAUUUAUAUGGAACUUCAAUGUCACCGAGUGGUGCAUACAUCUGUAAUAGAGGGGGAUCUCACUGGAUGGAAUACGGAUCAUCUGUACCUGGACCUAGAGAGUUGGCCCUGAUAGCAGGAUUCCAAUUCAUAAAGGCUUAUAGGCGAAAGCCCAUGCCCUGGUUCAAAUACGCAGUCAGGACGAGGAAACACACAUACCCGUGCCCGAAGUCCGAGUGGGGUUGGUUCCACUGUAUUCCAGGUGACUGGGCACCACUGGGUUUGGACAGUGGUGCGACUUACUUUCGAUCUUUGGAAGGGCACGGCUGGCGCUACGAUGGCCUUAUUGGAAUGAACGCAGUGUCCAUGAGACUCCGCUCCAUACCAAUAGUCCACUAUUUCACUGUACUGAACACCCAUGAAGUUCUAGAUUUCCUGUACGGAGCAUUCACCGGUCAUUUGCCGUAUGAAUGGUUAGAUCAACGCUAUGAGAAUACGAAAGAGCGGUCUCCAAUAACCAAAAAAGUGCAGGUCCCCAGUCAGUAUGAUCCAGCCCACCCAUACUAUUACGGUAAGGAAAUACCCAAUUAUAAGUGAAGUAAAGGGGUCCCCAUUAAAACAUAAAUGUGAAAUGAGAGCCAAUUUC